AUGGGCAUGUACGGCCAGUGCGACCCCUACGUCAAGAUGACGUGCGGCGGCGUGACUCAUCAGUCACCGGUGAAGCGAAACAGUACAAACCCCACAUGGGGGGAGGACGAAAACAAGUUUACCUUCAAGGCGUCAGACUGUCAAUCGGAGAUGCUCUUCAUUGAGGUACGGAAUGCGGGACGGGAUGAGCUGAUUGGGCGUGUCGAUGUUCCGCUGCGGGGCUUGCCAUCGAUGUCAUGGGAAGAGCGGCGUCAGCUCCUGCAAAACGGUGGCGAGGUGGAGUUCCGGGUCGCCCUAUACCCCGAGAGGGCAGCUGCCAACCUGCGGCCGCAGCCGGGUGUCGGUGUCGGCCUCCCACCGAUGGAUCAGCCUCCUCUUGCCGGUCAGCCUCCUCUUGCCGGUGCUUAUGCCCCCGAGAAGCCUCGACCGCCGUCCCCUCCAGCGCGAGACCUGGGGCCUUGCCUGAUGGGGGACUACGAUUUACGAACCCCUAUGGAACGGAAUCCCGUGGACGAGGAGCCGCUGCUUGACAACAUCUUUGGCAAGCCCAACCUUUUCUCGGCCAUGCCUGACCUGAUGUCGCAGCUGUCGAAAGAUGCUGCGCCAGCAUACCAUGACGCCUAUCAUGAAGCACUCCCAGCCAUCCCUCAAGUGGGUGGCCUGGGUGGCCUGGGUGGCCUCGGUGGCCUCGGUGGCCUUGCAACACCCUUGGGUGGCCUUAGCACGCCGGUCUCCGGGAUGCCUCCCGCGAUGCCCUCGCCCGCGGCUGCCGCGGCCGCCGCGCCCGCACCCGCCACGACGAGCAGGCUCGGUGCUGCAUCCUACAUACCACCCCCGGCUGCUUCCUGCUUCACCCCGCCCUCCCUGCUGCCUACGGGCGAAGUGGGCCGAACGGCAUCUCGGGGCAUGUCCCUCGAGGGCUACUACUCGGCCGGCGGCGUGGCGGCCCCGACCAUGCAUACUGCAUCUCCUGCGGUGCCAACACCCCAGGUGACUUCACGCUACGCCUACACGCCUUCCACGGCUUCCCCUUUCGCCUACAGCCAGCCGGCCAAGAGCGCUUUGGGCACCGACCUGAGCGCAGCACCGUACUCCUAUGCCUCCUCCGUUGCCGCGCCCUACACGCCCUACACUGGCUUCAGCCAGCAUGGGCAGAUCGGGGGCCAGACACUAUCAAACGGCUUGGGGUCCGACUUGGCUGGGGCGUAUUCAUACACAACCUCUGCAGCUCCAGCACUGACGGGCUAUGGCCAUGGCCAAGUCAUCGGCUCUACAGCGCAGAGCGCAUUGGGGCCGGACUUCGGCGCGGGCGCAUACACCUACACCACUUCGGCCCCGAGUGCCUUGUUCACUGGUUACAGCCAGCCAGGACAAAGCGCAGGGCUCUACAGCGGGAGGCUGGCGACGCCCAGUUACCAGCCUCCAUACCAGGUGCUGAGUUGA